GGGGCUUGCGCUCUGUUCCUUUAAACUAUACAUUCAACAACUAUUACUAUUAUUCCUACUCGAAACUACUAUCACUAAUAAUGUCGCUCGUCCCUGCUAGAUCGCGACCCUCUCGUAAGUCGGGCGAAGCAGAUCUUCGAGCCUCCAUGAAUCGUUCAGAGUCGAUGGGUCCCACUACUUCGCAGUUCGCACCCUCUCAGCCAACAGCCCACAACACGAGGGCAAGUAUCUCGAGCAGUUCAGUCUCCUUGGCAAGCCCACCACCACCCCGAGGUCAUAGAGCAGAAGUCGUUGAUAAUCGUAAUCGGUCGCAAAGCUUACAGGACUGGAUGGAAACCAGAAUCACACAGAUUAUCCGAACCAUUCGAGACACCGUCUCAAUCCCGCAACAAGUACAAGAAAAUAUCGGUGCUGAACUUCAAAAGUUUUUAGUCGAUUUCGCGGCCCAACAAGUUUUCGUCACUCAAAGCGUCGAAUUUUAUCAGACCAAGCUCAGAGACCUUGAGUCUCAGCUUCAGGAAGCCUACAGUGAGUCCGGAGACGAUUCUGGCGAACCAAGCAAACGCGAAUUACUUGCCAUUAUCGCCUCACAACGCGAGGAAUUACAGUUGAAGGAAAAUCAACUUAACGGAAAGAGAAUCCUUUGGCUUGCCUCCCACCCACCUGCCUCCCAGCAGAGAGGUGACCCAAAUCCGCUUAAUCUUCCGAGUCUCAACGGGCGAUCACAAUCGCAACUCCGAUUGGAAGCCCCUCCAUCGUCCUACAACAACUCGCAUUCCGGCUACCGUGGCAAUGGUCCAACAUCCAUGACUCGUCUCUCAAGAGCUUCGCUAGCCGCAAUGGAAAGUGCCGCUGUCGGAGGCCAAGUGUCUCCAACACAAGAGGAAUACAAUCGCGUCAAAGCAUCUGUAUCCGUGGCAGUCCCUGAUAGUGCUUUGGAGAAUGUCCAGUCCAUCUCAAACUUAAGAAACAAUCUCAACAGCGAGACCGAAACUGUUGUCGAUCAUCGUCGCUCACAACUUCCACUCGUUCCGUACAGGGAACUACCUGCGCAUGUUCCGACCGUUCACGAGAUCAGUGUCGCCUUUGCAAAAGAUUUCAGUGACAUUUUCGCAUUGGCCGAAGGAUGGGCUCGCUCAUAUUGUUGCAUUCCUAACAUUCAAGAAGAUCGCGCAAUUGCUAGCUCGAAUCAAGCUCUUUGGAAUUACAUGACGAAGCUCACCUACAAUGAUCCUCAGAGUGCGCAUAGCCAUGUAAUGGCUCUUUUGAGCAGCGAAAACACUCGAUUCUGGUUUGUUAUGAGAAUGGCAAUGAGUUACUGUUUUGACAAUAUCAUGACUCUUAAGACAUUCGAGCAAUACAAUGAUACUGUUGCUGCACACCUUGCCAAAAUUAGCCAGCAACUUACAGCUAGACCAACGGCUUCUGCAGAAAAACGCCAAAAACUUGUCGCCGAGCAAUCUGCGGUUGUCAAGUCCGUCAUCAACGCUCCCGAAUUUGCGAGAUUUCGAAAUGAUUCACUCACAAACCACACUAAGCAUCUUCGAGACAUUCUAGGACCUCUUAUGAAUGAGGGAACCUCUAAGUCAAAGGCCGGUACUGAUCUUGGCGCAAUCAUUAUUGCUUCCAUGGAUCUCUGUUGCAGAAUGUGGACAGCAAAGUUGAGCUUCCAAGUCAUCUUUCCCGAACUUCUCGGCAACAAGUUCACAGCUGGCACGAUGAUCGCCAAGGACCAUCCAAGAGACAACCCAUACCAGCUCCAAACAAAACAGAAGCGUCUCAAGCUCGUUAUGACUCCAUCCAUUACAAUGCGCGAUGAUAACUCUAUUACCAUUAUCGCAAAGAGCUUGCACAAGGCAAGUGUGCUCCUCAUGACUUAAAUGGUCUUCGUACAGUACCACGCACAAAUUUCUCGCAAAUAGAUCGUCAUCAUUUUCAACUUCCGUCGUUUUGGUCCGAAUUGAUGAGCCACUGUCAACAUCAUCUAUUUAGAGUAUUUUAAUCAGCGUACGAUACUACCCCUCA